UGAUUCCAUCUAACCCUCACAAACCCUCACAAACCCUAAUCCUUUUAGUACCCACCGCCACCGCCCCUCUCAGUCACUCUGUUCAAGUGUAUCCCCUCUGACCUCCGUUUUGAUAUCAGUCCACCGCUAACUCCGGCCGUAGAACAGAAGUUUCGAACCAUCAACACCUAGAGACCCACCCUUCUAAUUUGAAACUGCAUCUUCACUUCUACUCUCUAGACAUGGACACUGAUGCCAUCAAAGAUUCUCUGAACAAGCUGAAAGCUAUUCGAAUGGAGAAUGAUGAAUAUGAAGAUGAAGUUGAUGAUUCUGAUGAUGAAGAGCUUGAACCGAUCACUCUAGGUUUUCUUGAAAAGCCCAAGAAUCGUCUCUAUCUUUCCCGUCAAUUUUUCCCAAGCAAAGCCGGAGGACUCCCGGCUUGGCUUGACCCACUGAAUAUUCCAUCAGGGAGCUCUUGUGCGUGUGACAUUUGUGGAGACCCUUUACAAUUUGUGCUUCAGGUUUAUGCACCAAUGGUUGAGAAGGAAAGUACAUUUCAUCGGAUGCUAUUUGUUUUCAUGUGUCCUUCCAUGACAUGUCUUCUCAGAGAUCAGCAUGAGCAAUGGAAACGCCAUCCAACAAAACAAUGCAGAAGUGUGAAGAUUUUUCGUUGCCAGUUACCUCGCACUAAUCCUUUUUACUCGAGUGAAUGCCCCAAAUAUGAUGGAAGUGACAAACCUUCUAGCAGUGGAGCUGCUCUAUGUGAUUGGUGUGGUACCUGGAGAGGAAACAAGCUCUGCAGUAGUUGCAAACAAGUGCGGUAUUGCUCUGAGAAACACCAGGCCAUGAGUUGGCGUGCGGGGCAUAAAAUUGCUUGCCAGCAAAUACAAGUUUCUGUACCUGUUUGUGGCCCUAACAAAAAUGGAACUACCUCAUUGGAUUGUAAAGUUGGAAACAAAAACAUAUGGCCUGAAUUUGAGAUCAUUGAAGAUCAAAGUGAAUAUAAGGAAGACACACCUGAGGAUGAUAACUUAGCUAAUUCCUUGAUCUUGAGGAACAAGAGUGAUGAUACUAUGAAUUCACUCAUGGAUAGUUUUCAGGGUGAUGGUGACAAAAAGAGUUGGGCCCACUUCCAGGAACGCAUUGCCAAUGCCCCUGAACAAGUGUUGAGGUAUUAUAGGAACUCUAGUGCUAAGCCAAUAUGGCCCAUUUUAAGUGGUCGGCCAUCCAAAGAUGAUAUCCCUAAAUGCAUUUAUUGUGGUGGACUCAUGUGUUGUGAAUUUCAGAUUUUGCCACAGCUGUUGUAUUAUUUUGGGGUGGACAAUGAAGAGAACUCUUUGGAUUGGGCUUCGAUCGUUGUGUAUGCAUGUGAAGCAUCUUGUGAAGCAAGUUUGGCUUACAAGAAUGAAUUUGCUUGGGUUCAACUUUAUUCACCUUCUGCUGCCAAAUCGUGAGAAAUUUUAGUUCUAAGUUAAGUUUGCAUCUGUUAGAAAUUUUUUUGCCCCCUUUGCAGAUAUAAGUUAUGUUAGGUUUCUUUCUUUUACGUAGAAAACAAAUCUCAUGAUUUUGGUUAGAGAUUAUUCUUACAUCAAUUUCACAAAUUUUCCUUCUUUUUUACUCAUUAUAUUAUUCAUCCAUUUGAUGGUUUUGAUUUCCUCGACAAAUGAAGUAAAUUCAAAUUCAUGGCCAUCAAUGGUGGUUUGUUUCACAAUAUAUAGUUGGAGCAUAUUUGACAUUUCA